AUGUCCUUCUUCCUCCCCUUUGUGCUGGCCCUCGCCGUCUUCUGGCUCCUCAUCGGCAUCAUGCUCGCCAAGUUCCUCGCGCAGAAAUACAAGGGCAGGCCGUGGAGCGCGCGCACCGUUGACACGCAGUACAUAUAUGGUUCUGCGCUGGCGAAUGAUCGUAGUGCUGGUGGUGCGUAUGGAAAUGGAUAUGGGUAUGGACGUGUAGGGGAGAGAGCUGGGUUUGGUGCCGGGUACGGGAGGGAGGGUGCGGGAUUGGGGAGGUUUGGGGAGGGGAGGGUUAAGGGGAUGUGA